UCAUGUGACAGCAGGAAAAUGGCAAAUGUGCAUGUUCUUUUCCUGUCUGUCUUGUUACUUAUUUUUUCUGUUUCUCAGUCUGUUAAAUACGAGCCAACAUGGAAUUCUUUAGAUUCCAGACCACUGCCAUCAUGGUAUGAUGAGGCAAAACUCGGCAUUUUUAUUCACUGGGGUGUCUUUUCUGUUCCAAGUUUUACUUCAGAAUGGUUCUGGUACUAUUGGAAAGGACCCAAACCACAGAAGUCAGCAGUUGAUUUCAUGAAGAAGAAUUUUCGGCCAGGUUUUACUUAUGCUGACUUUGCAUCACAGUUCACCACUGAAUUUUAUAACCCUAAUGAAUGGGCAGAUAUAUUUGCAGCAUCUGGUGCAAAAUAUAUUGUUUUGACAAGUAAACAUCACGAGGGAUUCACCAACUGGCCAUCAAAUUACUCUUUUAAUUGGAAUUCUAAUGCUUCUGGACCUAGCAGAGAUCUUGUUGGUGAAUUAGCUAAUGCCAUCAGAAGCAGGACUGCCAUUAAAUUUGGACUGUACCAUUCUCUAUAUGAAUGGUUUAAUCCACUAUAUCUCCAAGAUAAAGAGUCAAAUUUUACAACACAGAACUUUGUUAAGCACAAGACCAUUCCAGAACUGUAUGAGAUUGUAAACAAAUACAAACCUGAAGUCGUGUGGUCAGAUGGAGAUGCUGGUCCUGAUACAUACUGGACAUCUAAGGAAUUCUUAACAUGGCUGUAUAACAAGAGUCCUGUAAAAGACACUGUAGUAACCAAUGAUAGAUGGGGUAAAGGUUGUGCUUGUAAACAUGGUGGAUACUACACCUGUCAGGACAGAUAUAAUCCAGGUACAAAACAAAAUCAUAAAUGGGAAAAUUGUAUGACUAUAGACAGACAGUCAUGGGGUUACAGAAGAAACACAAAUCUUAAUGAGUUCCUCAGUGUCCAUGAAAUCAUAUCUACUCUAGCUUCUACUGUAAGUUGUGGUGGUAACAUGUUGAUGAAUGUGGGACCAACAAAGGAGGGGAAAAUAAUUCCAUUGUUUGAAGAAAGACUGAGAGACUUAGGGAAGUGGUUGAAUGUAAAUGGAGAGGGUAUAUACAGUACAGUACCAUGGAGUCACCAGAAUGAUACAGCUACUAAGAAUGUGUGGUAUACCAUGAAAAACUCAGGAAACAGUAAAGUAGUAUAUGCCAUACUAUUAUCCUAUCCAGAAGAUACUGUCCUAAAGUUAGGAGCACCUCUCCCAUCACAGACCACAGAAGUUACCAUGCUGGGUUAUUCUAACAGUUUUAAAUGGAUCUCUGGACCAGGAGGUCAAGGAUUAUAUAUAACUAUCCCUACAAUCCCCUGGAAUAGGCUGCCUUGUCAAUGGGCCUGGGUGCUGAAAAUAACAGAAUUGGAAAACUAAUACCUACCUCUAGUAGAUCGCAAUUUCAUGUGCAAUGAUUAAAUACUUUUUCUGCAAUUUUUGUAUUUUAUAGAAUCUCAUGUUUAAUACACUUUUGAACUCAUUCAUGAGGAAAUUAUUUACUGAAAUAGUAUUUUUUUUACAUUUAUAAGCAGAAAGUUAUACAGGUAGAUAAACAAAUUUGAUUUUGUUGAGCUUUUAGGUUGAAAUUAAAUCUCAAGCUAGAACUUCAGUUAUUCAUUGAAGAUAUUAUAAUGUUUACUAUUUACUUUGUGAAUUGUGGUCAUAAUUUAAAUUUCAAGUUCUGAGUGCAUUUAUGAGAUUAUUUGAGAUUUUUCUAAUGUAUUCCAUAUGCAUAUGAAUUCAUUACUGUCAAUUAAGGCAUUUUAAAGCACUGUGAUUUCAUUUUAAUCUGUACAUUUAUUUGUUUUUCCGUCCUUUUCUUAAAAUUGAGAAAAACUAUAAAAAUGAUCUGUUAAUGUAGUGUUUAUUUAAUAUAUUCAAAAAAGAUAAAUUAUGUAAAAUUAUCCAACUUUAGUGACAUGCCUAAAAAC